AUGGAUUAACAAAAAUAGAAAUUGUUUGACAUAAAAGAAUAAGAAGUGUCUGAAUUCAGCUGCAAACCAGAUUAGGGGCUUUUGUUUCUAGAUAAUAACAGCUUUAUUUAGUAGGGAGGACAUAAAGGUGAUGAAGAUAAGAUCCAAGAAUCUUAUAGUAACUAUCUUAAAGAUAAAUAAAUUUUUUUAUCUGAGAUAGUAUUGAAUGACACAAAUCAAUGCUAAAAAUUCACUGAAGAAGAUGUAUUUAGCUCAGGAGAUCCACGAUUUUAUGACUUGUGGCCAUAAAAUAAAAAAUUAUUUUCUGAUCUAACCCAUGAUAUCAUUUUUAAGAAUUGUAUUUCUAAUGUCACAUAAUAAGAUGUUUAAACUAAAAAUUUUAAUACUCCUAAUAAGCCAAACUAAGGAUAGUAGUCCAUAGAUAUAAUUAUAAAACCAAAUAAAAGUAGCUAAAAUGAAAAAUAAGGUAGCAACUUGUCUGCAAAUGGUAUCUCUGAUAAUUAAGCAGAAGUUUAAAAUUGUAUCGAAAACAUUGUUUAACAAGAGCUUGAUCUUUAUCCAGAGAGCAAUAAUACAUAAAAAAUAUAGAAGAUUGAUAAUCCUUAAUAAAAAAUUAAUUCGACUAAAUUAAAUAUUGACAGCAAUUUCUAUUAGAAAAAGCAACAAGAUUCUAUAAGUUUUUGCAAAUAAUAAAAAUCUGAAUUAUCCAAAAUAUCCUCUUUGUCUUAGGAAUAAAACAAUUUAUAUUCAACCUCUAUUCCUAAUAACAACAUAAUAAUUUCUUCAUAUUUUAAAGAUUGA